GGAAAGCUGUCACGGUGGGGGGAUUCCCUGGGCGCGAGUGCGCAGGCGCGGGGCUGCCGGAGGACUGGCCCUACUGGGUCCGCAUCGUCUGAGAGCCGGAGCGUCGCGGACGGGACGAGAGGAGACGCGACGCAACGCAGCAAUGACACGGGUCCGCGGCGGAUGAGAAGAGCUGAUCCACCAUGGAAGCCAGGGCUCCCUACCGCAUCUACGAUCCCGGUGGGGCGGGCGUCGAGAUGGUGAAGGGGCUGGGUGAGCAGACACAGCCCCCGCCCACCUCCUACCAGCAACUGGUGGCCGAGAACAACGUCCUCAAGGAGCGAAUGAAAGGCUUGAAGAGUUUGGGCAACCUUCUGGAAGAGUCCCAGUGCGAAGCCUCCAAACUGAAGCAGAAGGUGGAGGAGAUGGUUCGUCAGGAAGUUCUGAGAUCCACCACCUUGCCCCACGAGAUGCCAAGUGCCAUGCAGUCCAUGGGUGGUUCCGUACAGGAGAGCAUACAACACUCGUCCCACGGCUCAGACCCCGGCAAUUCCACCGGCACCAAACCCGAGGAGAAGCCUGCGUCCGCGGGAACGUCGUCCGAGUUUGAGGUGGUGAGUUCCAUCAACAAGAUCGAAAUGCAAGGAGAGGACGAGCGGGACGUUCUACAGCAGACGCCCACCGAGGACGGGGACCUGUCUGUUCACCUGCAACGCCUGGAGACCUCCCUUAGCGUCUUUGCCGAGGAGACCCACAAGAAGCACCUGCUAGCCCACCUGGGCCGAAUGGCCGUGGAGUUCAACCGCCUCUCCUCCAAGGUGCAGAAGAACGAGUGUAGGACGGCCAUCCUGCAGACCCUGUGUAAGCAGCUGCAGACCGAGAAUGAAGAUCUCCGCACAAAACUUGACCAGGACCUUGAUCUCAAGAGCCAGAUGCUGGCCACCAUGAAAUGCGAGAACGUGAGGCUGAAGGGAUUGGUGGCCAAGGAGAAGUUGGGAUCACAACAAGCUGCUGCAUCUGAGGUGGUCUCCAGACCAACGCCCACGGAGCAGACUGUGACGGGACCACAUCUCCAUCAGGGCGUGAAGGUGGGCGAUCUGCAGAAACUUCCCGACAAAAACAUGGUGGAGAUUCUCGAGAAGAAAGUGGCGGCUCUGGAAAUGCAACGGAAAGAGCUGUUGGAGGUAAACAAGCAGUGGGAUCAGCAGUUUCGUGGCAUGAAGCAACAGUAUGAACAGAAGAUCGUGGGGCUCCGUCAGCGGGUGGCGGGGGUCCGGAGGGAGGUGACGGAGCGAGACACCGCCAGUGAGCAGAGGCAACGAGACUUCGACCGCAAGCUGUUGCUGGCCAAGAGUCGCCUGGACAGUGGAGAGACGGAGAGGGAGCGAUACCUGGAGGAGAUCCGUGGGCUGAGGCAGGACAACGAGGGUCUACGGGAGCAGCUCGCACCCGUGACACGGCAGCGCGAGUGUCAGGAGAGGGAGAUCCAGCGUCUGAACAAGGCAUUAGAGGAAGCCAUCGCUCGUCAUUCACCAUUGCCAGUGCAGCGGGUGCUGGGCGGCGUGCCCGACCCCUGCCUCAACUCCAGGAGGGACGAGCUCCUCACCCAGAUCGAGGUCCUCAAACAGCAGGUGAGGCGCCGCCAACCCCCAACCCCCAACUCCAACCCCCCGACCCCCGACCCCCGACCCCACCACACUCAGUACAAAGUGCCCAGGAUUGGGAUUGGUUACGCGUCGCAGGUCAGGGUUCGGAUUGGUUGUGUUCUAGUUGAACCGUUGGCUUUGGAUUGGCCGAGGUUGUGUCGGAUUGUGGACCAAUCCCAGGGGUCGUGGGAAGCAGCUGAUUCUCCCCUGUUGAAGCUGGUUGGACGAGGCUGCAGAAAGGCUGACCUCUGA